AUGUGGCAUUCCAGUACGGAUCCAUUUUCGAAGUCUGAACCAGUUGAAUGGCAUCCGUACUCUGAUAUGGACAAUAUGAUGAUUGAAGAAGCAUUCAAAGCAGGUACAACUCAUGCUAUGAUGGAUGAUUACCGUAUUGAUUUUGAACACAAUCUUCAUAUCUCCAACAAUGAUGUCAAAAACCAACACCAUGUUAAACGAAUGUUAUGCAGUGGAGAUGAAAAGCAUGUCCGAUCGGAAAGAUUUUUAUCUAAUCCAGUCGCUCCGAAACGUCCCUAUGGAGAUCAGUAUGGUUUCAUUUCACCUUUCAUAAAAGAAGUAGCCAAAGGCCUAAACCUUUCAAAAGAACAAUUACCGUCGAAAAAUGAAACUAUCGUUUCAACGAUUGUAGAAAAGGCUGCUCUUGGCAUUAUUGAAGAAGGUGAGAAGAUUGGGAAGCAACGUGAGGCCGAACAGAUCGCUAAGAUGUUAAUGGAAAAAAAAGAAGAGGGAAUAAAGGAAGUAUGGAAGCGUUGUGCUCUUCUCUAUACGAUGACAAGCUUCUUAUACGCAAAAACAAACGAGAUUAUGCGAGUGAUAGGAAGUGAAGAACAUGAGGAAAUAUGGCGAAGCAAAAUACUCACAUUCGGUCCAUUUUGUUUGCUUCUGUGGGAUAAUCCGUUCGACCGUAAAGCGGCCGAACCAGGAACAAUACUUUAUCGUGGAACUCAAUUGUCGGAUGAUAUGAUUGCCUGUUUUCAGGAUGAUUGUUCAAAAGAUCCAAAACCUCUGUGUUCCUUUCAAGCGUUCACAUCAUGUACUCGAAAUCGCAACGUAGCUGAGAUGUUCGGUAAUGUCUUGCUUAUUAUGACAAUUCGCAUCGCUUUUACAAUUGAUCUCGAACCAUAUUCAAAUUAUGUUGAUGAAGAAGAAGAACUAUUACUUCCUGAACCCGACAAACAUAAAAUAACCAAGAACUUUCAACAACCGACAGAAGAAUCUAAUACUGAUGUUUAUUAUGAUCUUUAUCGUUAUCGUGCUGAUUAUUAUGCUAGUCGUGAUCUUCUCCGUGGUGAUGAUGAUCGUCGUGCUCUUAGCCGUGAUAAUCAAGAUGGUGUUGAUUACGACUGGGAUUAG